GUACAAAAUCAACAUGGCAUCCGAAAGUAUGAGAAGUACUGUGUCAAGUGAGCAAUAUGCGGUAAAUCAUAGUAAAUUGUCCAACGACUGUGCUGUUAAUGAUCGCAAUUGUAGCAUACAAAACAGUGAACCUACAUUAGGUAUUUCUAUGAAAUCAUUGGAAAAGCGUGAAAUUCAUAGUUACCGUAAUUUACCUGGUUUAUUGGCGACGGCGUCAUCCGCUGACAGUGUAGAUAUUAGAAAUACUGAAAAGAACGAAGAAUUAAUAUGCAGUGCCACCCCGACUUCUGAAGAUAACGUCAACACUGAUCACGGAAAGAGAAAGAGAGUGCAUCACGACUAUAGAAAAUUGUCCAACUCUGGAUAUGUUGAUGAUGCAAUGGGUAGACGCUAUUCGUCUAGCACAUCGAGUGCUAGUGAAAGCGAUACACCCCCAAAAGUGUUAAAAUUGAAAACAAACAUAAAAUGCCCAAGUAGCCACUCUAACACAUUGAAUGGAGGUAACGCUGGGGAAGGGAGACAAAUGGGAUCCUCAAAACAUAAACAUUCUGAACACCAUAAGCGACACCACAAGAAGAAAAAACAUAGAGAUCGAGAUAAAGAAAGGGCCAAAUCUAAUGAUGUGGUGAAACAUAAGAACGUAUUGAGGGUUUCUGCAGCAUCAAGUACAAACUUAAGAGUUUCACCAGAGCCAUUAAAAUCUGAUGGAGCUGUACCUUCAGUUCAUGCUUCCAAAGAAACAAGCCUUAAUGUGAUACAUCAAAACCAAGAAACAAAUAAUUUCAUGCCUGUUGCCCUGAUCAGUACAACAUCAGAAGCAUCUUUUGGUGAAGAGCACAAUGUGAAAGAUAUGGACGAUUCUGAGAAUGAACGGACUCGAUCAGGAUUUAUGGAUACUGUGGACAGGUCAUGCGAUGUCAUUCGUGUGAGGUGUUCAUUUGCUAGUGCGACUGCUCCAGUGGUUCCUCAAUGUUGUGAUCCUAUUGUCCAAGUGAAUGAGGUCUCUACAGUGAGCGUUUGUCCCAGAUCUCUUGAAGAAACACAAGUUGAAGACACUACCACUGUUCUAUCUGUGAUUAACUGUGAAGACAUUCCUUUAUCAAGUGAAAGUGAAAAAUGUUCUAGGGAAUCUGUAGUACUGUGCAAAUCAAUUGUAAAUAAUCAGGUGAGGACAAAUUGUGAUACAGAUGAAGCAGACAGUGUGAACGUUGAAAAUCAUGACCCAGGACAUAUAGAAGUGACAGUGGCGACAAGUAAUUGGCAGGAGUGUGCACCUUCAGUGCAGGAAGCAGAAGACGAACACCAUCUUGUGGAGAGUCCUGGAACGCCAUUAAUGGACGAGCAACCAUACUCUCCCCAUUUGGGCAUUACUACUGAAGUGUUGACAGAUAAUUCAGAUAAAAUUGACAGUAGUCAAUUAACAAGAAUGAAGUGUGAAGAGGAACCAAAGAAAGUAACUAAUGAAGUGACUCCUCAACAAGAGGAGCCGAAUGUAGAAGGAGAAGAAAUGGCUAAUGCUUGUGGAGAAGCAACAGUCUCUGAUAAAACGCUUGAGGAAAGAAGUUUCACCCCACCGUUACCAGCCUUAAACCAUGUACAUAGCAAUAUAAGUCCUAAAGAAGCAACUGAUGGUAGCUGUAAGUCAGAUGAAUUAAAGUCUAAAAUUUUGCCUUCUGGAAGUGCUUUAGAACUGAAUUCUGAGAAUUUGUUACGUGAAACUGUCAAGGUCAUUUCAUUUCCUUCAUCCACAAUUUCAACGAAUUCACAUUGUGAGGUGGCCAAAGUUCCACAAGAAACUGCUGAUUUGGUUCCUGAGUCGAGUACCUGCAAAUUAACAGAUAUUCAGGGUGUACCAAAGACAAAAUCUUCUGGUGAAGAACCAAGUAUUGGGGAUACUAAACCUUCUGAAAUAGAUCGAAAAGCUGAAAGCAGUUCCUCCAAAUCUGUUAAAAACAGUGAAUCUUCUGGGAGGGAUAGUCAUAGGCAUCACAGUAGCAGUUCAAGAACGUACUCGAGUCAUCGGUCCAGCAGAGAUAAAAGAGAUGAUAGGCAUAAAAGAGAUGGAAAGUCUGAUUCAGGUGAUUCAAAUUCUAAAGAUAAACGAAGUAGAAACAUUAGUCGAGAUGAUAGGAAAGAUCAUUCCCGAGGAUCGUCGUCAUCUGAUGGGAAGAAUUAUUGUGUUAAGUGCCAAAAGCGUUCAAAAAUUAAGAAAGCAAGUAUAGGUGUGCAAUGUCGACGUGAGAGAUUUUUUGAAAAAGGUUCUUUGUAUUCUGGACCUAAAAUUGAUUACCAAAUGAAGCAUUAUUCUCUACCCAGACCUUUGCCUUAUAGUCAACCUGGCCUUGAGAAUCUCAAAUAUGGAAGGUUUAUUCAUGUCGAAACUUAUCCUAAUGGUGGUGCUACUAUAGUGCAUAUGUACCAGGAUGAAAUUGACUGUUUAAAUAAGACAGAGAUGGAUGAAUUAGCACAAGAGUACUUCAAGAUUGUGUUUGGCGAGGAUGAAAAGGGAUUCGCUUAUCAUGUGAUGGGUAUUGUUCAUGAUGCUGCAGCAUAUCUACCAGAUCUUUUAAAUCAUAUGGCUGAUAAUUAUCCAUCUCUAACAGUAAAAAAUGGAAUAUUAGGAAGAAGUUCUGACAUUGAAACUACGACAAUGGCUCAAUACAGAGAUCAGGUGUGCAAACAUUAUGCAAAUGGAACUGUGCGAUAUGGCCCUCUUCAUCAAAUUAGUCUUGUUGGAACUGUCCAUGAAGAAGUGGGAGGUUUCUUUCCAGAUUUCUUAGCUAGACUUGAAGAGAACCCCUUCUUAAAGAUGACUAUGCCUUGGGGCCAGUUGUCAGUGGUUCAAAUGGAAACUCCUCAAGAAUCAAACGAUGGACCAAUUUUGUGGAUUCGACCUGGGGAACAGUUGGUUCCUACUGCGGAAAUGGGCAAAUCCCCUGCAAAGCGAAGGCGAACCGGUAUAAACGAGUUACGCAAUUUACAGUACCUGCCUCGUCUCUCUGAAGCAAGAGAAUAUAUGUUUGAAGACAGAACAAAAGCACAUGCUGACCAUGUUGGACAUGGUUUGGAUAGAAUGACAACAGCUGCUGUUGGUAUUUUGAAGGCAGUUCAUGGUAACCAAUCAACACAAUAUAACAGGAUUACAAAAGAUGUAGUUGCCUUUUAUGCUGGUGAUUUCCAUGAAUUAGUUGAAAAGUUGCAGUUAGAUCUUUAUGAGCCUCCUAUUUCACAGUGUGUCCAGUGGCUUGAGGAUGCCAAGCUAAAUCAGUUGCAUAGAGAAGGAAUCCGAUAUGCUCGAAUCCAGCUGUGUGAUAAUGAUAUUUACUUUUUACCGCGUAACAUCAUUCAUCAGUUUCGAACAGUUUCAGCUGUUACAAGCAUAGCUUGGCAUGUACGAUUGAGGCAGUAUUACCCUGAUUGUCUUAAUAUUCAAGACAUUAAACAUUCAAGAGUUGUAACAGCUCAACAUCAUUAUAAAGAAAAGAAAAAUUUAGAAAAGGCUUCAUGUGAGACCCCUAAAAAGGAUAUUAGAGACGAAUCUAGGAGUGAAAGACACCGUAAAGAGAAAGAAAAGGAGAAGAAAAGAACUGAAGAGAAAACAUAUAUCAAAGACGAAGAAGGAAAGAUUAAACGAGAUCAUAAAGAGAGUUCUCGUAGCAAAGCAGAAAAGCCUCGAAAAAGGGAAGGAGAUGAUGUUGAUCGAGAUUCAAAGAGAUUCAAGACUGGUGACAGCAAAGAUAUCAAAUCUGUGGUAUCUAAAGAAAGUUCAGAUACAAGAAAACAUGAAGAAUCAAGAAGAAAAGAUAAAGAAAGUGAAACAAGGAGAAAGAGCAAUAGCAGUGGACACAGUGAUAUUAAUGAUUCGAGGCCAAUAGAAAGAGAGGAUUCAAAGAAAGAUAAGAAAUUAGAUUGUCACUCUAGUGUGAAGGGGGAGACAAAGAAAGUGAAAGUGGAAGAUGAAACAUAUGAACUAAAAGAUGAUGUCAAAGUGUCUAAAGAAGAAAAAGCAAGAUCACCACUUCCUGAAGUCGAAUCAAAAGAUAGUAAACAGAGGGAUAGUGAUGAUAUUUGUGACAAGCAGAAGAAAGAUCAAAGACAUGACAAAAAACAUGACAAAUAUGUGAAAAAAGAAGCCAGCUCUAGUCAGGUGGAAAAGAAGCCUGUUACUUUAGUUGUAAAGAAAAAAGAACAUGGAACUUCUGAUGAAAAGACGUACAUUUCUUCUGUUAAACAGGAACCCAGGUCUACAUUGCCCACAGUUAGUGCUAGCAACGAAGAUGGUGACCAUUGCUUGGCUGUUGUCAAACGAGAGAACUGUGUAAAUGAUGUUCAACAGAAGCCCAUUAGUGUUCACAUAUCAAAAAGAGACACAACAGAAGUCAGCAAAAUCAGCAAUCCUGUUCAUAGAAAAGAAGAUAAACCCAAGCACUGGGUGUUUGUGAAAAAGGAACAAACAGGGAAGGCUGAAACAUCUAAGAUACCAUCACCAACUAAAACAAAUUCCUUUGAUUUAGUAAGCAGCAUCAUUGCAAAAAUGAACACAAGUGCUCCUAGAUCAAAGGAUGAAAGAGAUGACAAUUGCUAGGUUUGUAACAAUUUGUGUUAUUUUUAGCACUGAAAUUGUGCACUCUGCACUUGAUCAGAUGAAUGCCUUGGUUAAUACUAGUACAUGUUAUUUUAAUUAAGAAAAUUACUAGUAUUCAAAAAAUUAUAGUUUAGGGUAAUUCACAACAGUACUAGUUCUUGUAAAUAUGUCCACACUGGAUACCAUGUAUAAUUUUGUACGAAUCUUGGUGUACAAUGGCGUGUGCCUCAAGGAAAGUUGAUUUAUAUACAAUAUAAAAUUACUUUAGUGCUUUUCUUGUAAAUAGAAAUAUUUAAAUGCAAAAUGGCAGCAAUAUGUAAGUAAUGUAUGUAAUUUUUUAUUCUGAACACAAUAUGAUACAAGCAUUCCAUUAACAGACUGGUGCUCUCAUGUGGGAUAUACAUAGUUAACUUCGGUGUGUUUUAAUUUUACUUUCACAAAUAGUGUAAAAGAGUGAAUUUUUUAUACUUUUUUAUUUGCUGUCUUUUUGCAUGUUUGCUAUGGAUGCAGGGAGAGGGUUUGAUAUGUACAAGUAGUCUGUAUUUCAGCUGUAAAAUUUAGACAGGUGAACCAAUCAACACCAGAGUCUCUGUGGAGACAACUCUCCACUUCACUCCUCUAAUAGGUAAAAGAGCAGGUGUAUUGAAGUGUCAUAAUAAAGCACCAAGUUAUAAACACUUUAUAAUAGUAUUGUGUGUGGUUUUAAAUAGCUUUGGUCUGAAAAUAUUUUCAUUGUAACAUUUUCUUUCUAGUUUAUUAAUUUAUUUCUAAUUUUGUUUGUUUUGAAAUUAAAAUAAGUGUAGUAUUCUGUUAACAUGCUUUGAAAAAUGUUUUUAUUGACAGAAUUAUAAUCAUUGAAAGAUUUUUUGGGUACAAAUGAAUUUUCUUUUUGUAUGUUUCUUAUUACGAAUGACAAAACAAGCAUUUCUGCAAACUGUACUGCUUACAUCCGAUGAUUUGUUCGAACUUUUAUGUGCUUGCUUUUGAAGUGAAAAAAAAAAUUUCAGAAGCAUUGUAGAUAUGUUUUUAAAUUUAAUCAUGAAUUCGUUGUGUGUGUGUUUUUUCUUUCUUUCUUCACUUGAACCCUUGUGUUUAUGCUGAUAGUAUUGUAUGUAAUAUUUUGUUAAAUUUCUGUGAAGUAUUUAGAAGUGCAAAAGCUACAGUACUACACCUCUCUUAAAAACUAUCACAACUUUUUAAGUUGUUUGUUAUUAAUUUAUAGGACUGACUGAUCCAUUCACACAUGAGAUGAAAUGAUACUAAUUAUCAUUGACAACAUUUGAUCUCCUGGUGAUAGUAAGAGGUCCUUCUAUACUUCAGUUAACAAUCACUAGUUUGUAUGGUUGUACGUUAGGUCAAUUAAUAUGGAUCUAUAAAAUUUGUCUGAAUUCUAUUUAAAGGGCAUAUGAAUCUUUUAUCUUAUUUUAUGAAUAAUCUUCCUCCUUUAAUUAGUAUACCUUCUUUUUAAAUACUCUAAAUAUGUUUUUUCAGAUUAAACAUAUCUAUAGCCAGUGUCACUUUUUUACACACAGAAGAUGGUUCAAUGAAAAAUAAAGUCUGCUAUAGUAUUUUAAUAUUUUCUUCUAUAUCACAGAGUCCAAGUGUAACUAGGUGUGGCCUCUCAACGUUCUUGAAGUAAUCUAAUUGAGUGUGUGUGUGCGCAUGAUACAUGUGCAUGUGCACUAGUCUGUUUGUUUACUUUGCAAAUUAUACUGUAGAUAAAGUGACUUGUAUUGUGACUUUUCAUUAAAAUGAAAAGCAACUCUUCAUUUUUUAGAAAAAAUCAAAAUCCACAUUCUCAUUCAGCUGAUUUUUGGAAUUGAAGUAUUAAAUAAGGGUGGCCUCGAGGGCACCUUGAAUCCUAUUAAAAUAAAAUUUGAAAUAUUUUGUAUAAAUUUCAAGACAGUACAACAUUAAUAAUAUUGUGUAUUAAUCCUAGUCAGUUUUCUUUAAAUAUUUUAUUCAUUAGUGUAAUGUGACUUUCAUUUCUGAACAUCAAAUUUGGUGUGUACUUAUAAUAUUUUUCUAAUGUAUAUUUACUUAUUGCUUGUGAUGUUGAUACAUUUUGAAAUUGACCAUUAAAAUAUAUUGCAUAAUUCAUUUUGGAAAGUACCCUGUGGUGCUGAUUAUUUAGGGCAACUUUUAAUUUUAUUGGAGCAUUUUUACGUUAUUUCUUAUGUGAAUGAUUUGUGUGCAAGGAAAGUUCUAACUAUGGUUUACAAAGAACAGUAAAGCAGGUCAGAUUGUCAUUCUUCAAAGCAUAUCAUUUUUGGCAUACUGCAGUACAAUAGAACAUUUGAGUAGAUAUAACAGAGGUAGUCCAAAGAAUUUAAAUCAGUUUUAGGUGAUAUAUUAAUACAUGCAUUGUUGUAG